CUGGCUGGCUGGCUGGCUGGCUGGCAGGCAGGCAGGCAGGCAGGCGGGCUGCAGGCAAACAAAUUUCACUAGUUUUAGAAACGCAAAAAGAAAUAAUUGUAUAUUGCAGUUAAUGGAAAUAGUACCGUCAUCAAAGGUACCUGCUUGCCUCAACUGUUGUUUUGAGUUGCUUAUUCUUCGCCUCGAAUAGGGAAUACCCAAGAGAAAGUUAUUAGAAACACGGAACUGACCGGCUAGAAAGUAGACUGGUGUCGGACUGAGGUGUUAGUUACCUGUUGAUUAAAAUUGUGAAACCUGUAUCUUCUACUCGAUAUUAUCAUGUCGACCGAAUUCGUGGAGAAUGGCAAGAACAAAUUUCAGGUUCAGUGUUCACACUGUAAUUCGCGCAUCCUCUGCGAACAGACGGGGGAUUAUCUGAAGAAGGAAAUGCAGCUACCGAGACCUGAUUCUGUUGAGGAAGCGCUUGAGACGCUCGACGAAUUUUGGAAGGUGACGUCUCUCCUAACGUUUGAAAAUAUCGGAAUGACAAAACCCGCUAAAAAUGGGGUGCGCUAUUUGACAUGCUGCGAUUGCGAAAGAGGUCCCCUAGGAAUAUUUGAUUCCCCAUCUGACACAGCAUUUUUAGCAUUAGCUCGAGUUAAAAAUCAGCCAGAUGCAAACUGAUAAGUAGUAAAUCAACCGAGACUAUUAUAGUGACGGCACAAACCCGUGAUUUACUACUGUUAUCAUUAUUCCGAUUGUGAUAAUUUGAAUGAAGCUGGAUUGGGUGAAAAAAAGUUAUCGAUGUAUAACAAUCGGCAUUAGUCCGGAUCUCUCAGGGAAAAACAUAAUUAGAAUAUCACAAUUUUGCCACUUUCCAAUAUUUACUUACCU